AAAAAAAAACAGGGCUGGCGGCCGUCCGCCUCGGCAGUUGACAGGAUACUAAGACAAAUUGUCCCUUCUACUUCCAGAAGGUCAAGUGAAUGGCUCAAGAUUUUGGCAUCAAUUUUCUGCUUAGGAUGAUCUGGAAACUUGCUUUAUCACUGUUUCUCAUGUCCACUCUGGUUCAAGUGAUAGAACCCAGGAAAAAUCGUCCUGCGGGAGCCAUCCCUUCCCCUUACAAAGGCAGCAGAAGUAAUAACUCUGACCGGCGGCCGCAUCUGAACAAAGAAGUGCUGGCCUCCAGCCAGGAGGCUUUGGUGGUUACAGAGAGGAAGUAUCUGAAAAGUGAUUGGUGCAAAACCCAGCCCUUACGGCAGACUGUCAGUGAGGAAGGCUGCCUUAGCCGUACAAUUAUAAACCGCUUCUGCUAUGGCCAGUGCAACUCCUUCUAUAUCCCCCGGCAUGUAAAAAAAGAGGAGGAAUCUUUCCAGUCAUGUGCCUUUUGCAAGCCUCAGAAGGUCACCUCCUUCACAGUGGAGCUAGAGUGCCCUGAACUGGACCCACCUUUUCGACUUAAGAAAAUCCAGAAAGUCAAGCAAUGCCGAUGUAUGUCGGUGAGCCUGAGCAGUAUGGGCAAACAAUAAAAGUGACAGUUGGCAGCUGACUCUGCCUUAAACCCUGUCUUCAGGCACAAAACUGGUUGAUAGUUUUUGCGUUGACUCAUUUUGGAAACAUUUCUACAGCAGCAUCCUUUGCUUUGUCUGCCUACUGGAAAUAAAGGCUGCUAUCAGCUGAUUGAAACAUGCCAUCCUUAUUACCCAAACUGCUCUUAGACCACUGGGCUUGCCACUAAGUGAGAAGUCAUUGUCUUAUGUGAAAAUGAACAUUUUUGGGGCCAGUGAUAUAAAUUCAGUAAUUGACUCUUCCUUCCACUGUGUGGAAAUCGUUUUGGCUUUCACCUCACGCUUUUUGUUGAAUAAUGGCUAGAUGAAGUAUUUGUCAUUUUCCUAUCUCAUUCUCAGUUAAUAUUUUGGUUUAUUUCUGACUACUUAAUCCUGUCUUCCGUGGGAUGGAUAUAGCUAGGAACAGCAAAGGGAAGCAGUGAUCUGUCUUGAUUGAUAAGACUUGUGUGCCUUUUAAACAGCCUUAUCUUCCAUGGAUAUAUCAGCUUGCACUUUCCAAUGAAAAGGCUGAAGUGGAUUUAUACCUAUUUUCAACUAAAUUGUCUCAAGUACAAGUGCUACAGCAAUGUCUCAUUUGUCAUGUUACCACAAAUAAUUGUUAAACUUUUAAAUGUAGCAUUAUAAGCAUGUAUAAUUUGUGAGAUGACAUCAUAUUUGAAGGGUUCAGAUAAACCUUAAAUAUGAGAGCAGAUUAUCCCUCACAGCCCACAGGAUUUUACUAGUGUUAAUUUUCCUUCCCUAGUCUCACUUUUGAGAAUUUAUCUCCUCCUCUUGAGUGACUAUAUUUGUGAAGGAAAGCAAUAUUGUGUUUGAUC